AUGAGCGAUAAAAGACCGUUGAAAGACAUACCAAAUCAAAUAAAAAAUCCACGAAAUGGCUGUGUUCUUUUGAAAGGGAAGUUUCUCGGCAAAGGUGGUUUCGCGCGUUGUUACGAACUUAUUGAAGAUGCAACUGGUACAAUUUAUGCUGGAAAGAUCAUUUCGAAAACUCUUCUAGCAAAAAAAGCUCAGCGCGAUAAGAUCACUCAAGAAAUAAUUAUACAUAAAAGCGUAAAUCAUCCGCAUAUUGUUAAAUUGCAUAGUUAUUUCGAGGAUAAUGAUAAUGUCUAUAUUCUGCUGGAAUUAUGUUCACGGAGAUCACUAAUGGAAUUGCAUAAGAGACGCAAAAUUGUAACUGAACCAGAAGCCCGGUACUUUAUGAAGCAGAUAGUCGAAGCAACCGCUUAUCUGCACAAUUCGCAUAUUAUUCACAGAGAUUUAAAACUUGGAAAUUUAUUUCUAGAUGAUAAUAUGAAUGUAAAAAUUGGUGAUUUUGGUUUAGCAACGCAAGUAGAUUUCGACGGCGAAAGGAAGAAAACGCUUUGUGGUACUCCUAAUUAUAUAGCUCCUGAAAUGCUUGAUAAAAGUGGUCAUUCAUAUGAAGUUGAUAUAUGGGCUAUCGGAUGUAUAUUAUACACAUUACUUGUUGGCAAACCUCCUUUUGAAACAUCAUCAUUAAAGGAAACUUAUCAAAGGAUAAAACAUAAUCAGUAUGGUAUACCAAGUUGCAUAUCCAGCCAUUCUUCAAGUCUUAUCAGUCGAUUGUUGAGUCCAGAUCCUUUCAAGCGCCCAACUAUUACUGAGGUUGCAGCUGAUGAAUUUUUCUUAAAAGGAUAUACUCCUUCUAGAUUACCUACAACAUGCCUGACAAUGGCUCCAAAGCUUUCACAGCAAACAAAUCAACAAGCUUUUAAUUUUAAAGACAAUGCCGAUGAAGCAAUGGAAACUGGAGAUGCUAAAUCAUUGAUAAAACCUCCUCGGAUUGCUCUUAGUCCUCGCCAGGUAUUUUCUUUUAAUUUUUAUUUUAGCCCCAGACAGCUUUCAUCGAUUCCAGAAUUCAAAACUGCAACAAUUAAACGAACCUAUGAUCAUCAUGAUGCAAAUUGUGUGGAAAUACCAUCAGAUUGCUAUUUGAGUGAUUUAUAUGCUCUUCUUAACAAUAUUAUCAAUAAAAGACCAGCGAAUCGUGCGCAAAUCCAUGAAGCAGAUGCGGAGGAUCCAGCAUCAUUACCAGUUUUUUGGGUUUGCAGAUGGGUAGAUUAUUCGGAUAAAUAUGGGCUUGGCUAUCAGCUUUGUGACAAUUCAGUUGGUGUGGUUUAUAAUGAUAACACUAAAAUGGUGUUGUCAGCGACAGGAGGUCAGAUCCAGUAUAUUGAAAGAAAUAACAUAGAGUUCUUUUUUUCUAUGGAUAAUUAUCCAGUUGAAUUAACGAAGAAAGUCACACUUCUGUCUUAUUUUCGCUCCUAUAUGGAUGAUUAUCUGCAAAAAGCUGGUGCAGAUGUUGCUGCUAUGCGUGAAGGUGAUGAACUUGCUCGUUUGCCAUGUCUUCGAACGUGGUUUCGCACAGAAAAUGCUAUUAUACUUCACCUGAGUAAUGGCACUUUGCAGAUCAACUUCUUCCAUGAUCAUACAAAGGUAAUAUUGUGCCCUCUUAUGGCUGCAAUUACAUAUGUUGAUGGUUCCCGUAGUUUUCGCGUGUUUAAACUUGAUUUAUUGGCUAAGAUGGGCUGCUCCAAAGAAUUAUUUGAACGUAUGAGAUAUGCUCGUACAGUAGUUGGGCGCCUUAUUUCACAGUCUGGAACUUCCUGUCCAGGUUCUCUUUCGACGGCUGUCAGUCCAAGAAUAGGUGUACGAAAUGAUAUUCGGAUCUAUGAUAAUAAUCCUCAAUAA